AUGGGCAAAGGUAUCCCAACCCACAGGAACGUGCGUGGACUAACAUCUUCUCUCCCCUGUGACGUUCAUCUGGUGACACUACGCACGAUGACUGGCCCGACCGAUUACAACAAUAACCGUGCCGUGAAGCCAAAGAACGAGGCGGCGCUUGUCUUACGACGCUGGUUGCCUGAAUGCCGUGGCUCGCGCAGCAUUUUGGAUCAGGAAUGCACUAAUCUGACGCAGGUCAAUGUUCGUGAUCUUUUCGUGGGGAGCGUCAAGUCGGUGCACGAGGCCUCGCUGACGAUGCUCUACGUGGACGAAACGCCUCGCGAGCUCGUUGCGCUAGAGCCUCAUCGGGUGAAAACUGUGAAGAUUGUGUAU